AUGUCGCCUACAGCUCUUCCCGCACAGCCAACUUACCGAAUUGCCUCGAUCCCCGCAGAUGGCAUCGGUCCAGAAGUCAUAGAUGCAGGAAUCCAAGUCCUGCAGCAACUUGCUGAGAGUCUGAAGACUUUCAAGCUCGAGUUCAAGCAUUUUGAUUGGAGUUCCGAGACAUAUAAGAAGACUGGCAAAUACAUCCCCGAUGGUGGACUAGACGAACUUCGGAAGCAUGAUGCGAUUCUGUUUGGAGCAGUCGAUGUUCCGGACCACAUUUCGCUAUGGGGCCUGCGUCUCGCCAUCUGCCAGCCUUUCCAGCAGUACGCCAAUGUUCGCCCAACCAAGGUGUUCAGAGGAACUCAGUCUCCAUUAAGGAACUGCAACACCGGCGAUCUGGACUGGGUCAUUAUCCGUGAGAACAGCGAAGGAGAAUAUGCCGGUCACGGAGGGAGGUCACACGUUGGCAAGCCGUGGGAAACUGCCACUGAGGUCGCAGUGUUCACACGUCAUAGCGUGGAGCGGAUCAUGCGUUUCGCAUUUGAGACUGCACAGUCAAGGCCGCGGAAACUAUUGACCGUGGUGACGAAGAGUAAUGCCCAGAGAAACGGCAUGGUUCUCUGGGACGAAGUAGCCAAGGAGAUGUCGGCAGAAUUCCCAGAUGUAAUUACGGACAAGAUGUUAGUUGACGCGAUGACGACUCGGAUGGUCUUGAAGCCGGAGUCGCUCGACACAAUCGUCGCCUCCAACCUUCAUGCGGACAUCCUAUCAGAUCUCGCCGCCGCACUGGCAGGCUCGAUUGGAAUUGCACCGACUUCCAAUCUUGACCCGACGCGCGAAAACCCGAGUAUGUUUGAGCCAAUUCACGGCUCGGCCUUUGACAUCACGGGUAUGGGAAUCGCAAACCCUGUGGCGACGUUCUGGACAGCAGCCGAGAUGCUUGGAUGGCUAGGUGAGGAGGAAGCGGGUCGGAGAUUACUUGAUUGCGUUGAGAAUGUCUGUGAAAAAGGAGUGCUGACAAGAGACCUUGGAGGAAAGGCGACGACGAAGGAGGUCACCGAGGCAGUUUGUGAUGAGAUCCGGAGUACGCUUGGACAGAAGAAGCUUGUGGUCUAG